CCAUCGUCCAUGCUGCCCACGCCCCUGGGCCCUGCUUUUUGCUGAACCAACGCUGGAUCAAACGGUCCACUUGCCAUUGAGGUCAGCUGCGAUUGGCGUUGGCUGCUAACGCUCAGCUGCGUGAUAGCACCUGCAUCCAUCGUGAACUUGAAAGCCGGGCAGCUUUCUGCCUCACCGACAUUCUCCCUCCUGCACUCUCUUACCCUCUGCAUUGCUCGCUCAUCAACGUGUGACGGCUCUUGUUCCUAGAAGCAUCUCUCACACCGCUACGCCAUAGCAACAUUAUCUCCAACACCAUCACCUCACCCACACAUCACCUGAACGCAGCACAGCCCUGUCAGACCGCCGGAGCAUGAGCUCGCAAUCCUCCAAGCCCCGUCGUACCUCCAGCGCGCACGAUCCCUUGGCAACGCCCCAGGUCUACUACGGAGAAAGCCACUCGCGCAAGCAUCCCAGAGCGCGCACAUACUCGGCUAACGUCGACCGCUCCGCCCGCAAUGGCUCCCUGUCUGAGGGCGUGUCCAUGGGACGCCGUAUCAGUCACGACGAGCAAUCGCUCCAGCCGCGCCGUUUCCUCGUCCAGGUUGACGAGACGCUAAAGACGCUGCUGUCCCGCGAGGACUCGGACGGAAAUUACCAGAUCACAAUCGAGGACAAGGGGCCAAAGGUCUUGUCGCUCGGAACCUUGGCGUCCAAUGCUCACAACAAGUUCGAUGUGCGCGGCACGUACAUGCUGUCCAACCUGCUGCAGGAGCUCACCCUCGCCAAAGACUAUGGCCGCAAGACUAUCGUGCUCGACGAAGCCCGCCUCAACGAAAACCCCGUAAACCGCCUCUCCCGCCUCAUCCAGUUCUCGUUCUGGGAUGGUCUCACGCGCCGUAUCGAUGGCUCCAACAUCGCAAAGGUCGGAGUUGAUCCCAAAGACUGGACCGAUAACCCGCGUCCUCGAAUCUACAUCCCCCGGGGUGCUCCCGAGCAGUUCGAAUACUACACCCGCAUUGCCAGGGAGCAUCCAGAAAUGAACCUCGACGUUCAGUUGCUGCAGGACCCUGUUGAUGAUGAGCUAUACGUGCGCGACCUGAAUAAGGCGCCAGGUCUGCUCGCUAUCGCCAUGGAGGAAUGGAUCGACCCGGAGACCGGCAAGAAAGACCUGAGAGGGCUUCCCUUUGUGGUACCGGGCGGUCGCUUCAACGAGCUGUACGGCUGGGACAGCUACAUGUGCUCACUGGGUCUGCUUUGCAACGAUCGAGUGGACCUGGUCAAGGCUAUGGUCACCCACUUCUGCUUCUGUAUCAAGCAUUACAACAAGAUCCUGAACGCCAACCGAACCUACUACCUCUGCCGAUCGCAGCCGCCCUUCCUGACGGACAUGGCUCUACGUGUCUACGAACGUAUUAAGCACGAGGAAGGCGCUCUGGAAUUUCUCAGGGAAGCCAUCCUUGCGGCCAUCAAGGAGUACAAUUCGGUCUGGAUGGCGGCUCCUCGAUUGGAUCCUGUAACAGGCCUCACACGCUACCGACCUACAGGCAAGGGUGUGCCGCCCGAGACGGAAGCUUCGCAUUUCGAGCACGUACUCGAGCCGUAUGCGAAGAAGCACAACAUGAGCUUCAAGGAAUUUGUUGCAGCCUACAACUACCGAAGGGGUGUGGACGAGGAGACCCUCAAGGAGUUGGAUGAGUACUUCCUGCACGAUCGUGCGGUACGAGAAUCUGGACACGACACAUCGUAUCGCUUAGAGACCGUCGCUGCUGAUCUGGCUGUUGUCGAUAUCAACGCGCUGCUAUACAAGUACGAGGUCGACAUUGGUCGUGUCAUCCGCAACCACUUCGGCGACAAGCUCGAGAUACCCGAGGGAUUCCGUACAGGUGACAUGAAGCCGGGCCACGUCGAGCACUCUGCCACGUGGGAACGCCGCGCCAGAGAGCGACGCAAGAGAGUGGACAAGUACCUGUGGGAUGAGGAGGCUGGCUUAUACUUCGACUAUAACACUAAGAAGCAAGAGCGCACCAACUAUGAAUCCGCCACGACUUUCUGGCCAAUGUGGUCUGGUCUGGCAACACCACGACAGGCGCAGACGCUUGUUGACAAGGCUCUGCCGCUGUUCGAGGUGUUUGGUGGAUUGGUGUCGGGUACCGAAAAGUCCCGCGGCAAGGUCGGUAUUGAUCGCCCCAAUCGACAGUGGGAUUACCCCUUCGGCUGGGCACCACAGCAGAUUCUGGCCUGGAUUGGUUUACAACGCUACGGGUUCGACGAGGAGGCUCAGCGAUUGUCCUACCGAUGGCUGUACAUGGUCACCAAGGCUUUUGUUGACUUCAAUGGUGUUGUUGUAGAGAAGUACGAUGUUACAAAGCAGAUCGACCCCCACAGGGUCGAGGCUGAGUACGGAAACCAAGGCAGUGACUUCAAGGGUGUGCCUCGCGAAGGUUUCGGUUGGGUCAACGCAAGUUACAUCUACGGAAUGUCGCUUCUAAGUGCCCACCAGCGCCGUGCGCUCGGUGCUCUCACCAAGUGGGAGGACUACGAGAAGGCCAUGUCCAACCUCGGACUGAAUUAAGCGCUCAUACGUUUGGUUGUGCAUUGCGUUUGGACUGCUUCAGGGCGGCAUGUUGGCUUGCGCAGUGGAUAGCGUUGCUAGGUAGACUUAGAGGCCCUAUGAUCAUCGAAUUAUUGAUACCACCUAUGAAGUUCAUGCCGGAUUCUUCCUACUCGUCCUUCAAGUCUCUGUGCAUGAAGUGUGAGGAGCAAUCUUGAGGCACACUGCAUAUGCUCAAUAGGUGGAAACACGUUGCCGGAGUGCUAAUUUAACGACCUCCGGAAUGUAUGCAAACAAGUGGUCACUCAGAAUGACUGCAGCGCACCAGCCACACUGUGGG